AUGAACAUAAUUACAUUAAACUGUCUUAUUCAAGAAAGCAAAAAUAAUAAAGCAUUUCCUAUUGAAAUAAACAGAAAUAAGACCAUUCAUCAACUCAAGGAAGUUAUUGAGAAAAGAUUACCAUUUCAUGAUUUCAAUGCAUAUUAUGUAAGUGAUUACUUUACUGACAAAUCACUUUGUAAAUAUAUUCACAUUAUUGUCAGGCCACCUAUACCUCCUGUUAAAUUUGAUCUUGUAACAUUAUGUGAAGGUCUUCUUUGCACAAAAAAUGAAAAGUAUAGUUUAUUUAUAGAAUUUAUACGAGUACCCAAGGGAUUAAAACCUAACCCCUUUGAUUUUCGCAACAUAAAAAUUAACGAUAUGACUUUUAUGUAUUACAUUCAAAUAGAAAUUAGUGAUAGUGCAACCUCCGAAGGAAAACUCGAGGAACCUCCAAAUAUAAUCGAAACAAUUCCCUGA